UUGAUGUAAACAGACGUGAUAUGCAGAGCGAUCCUUCGACGAAACUUUCGACGAACAUCGAACUAUGCUGAACUUUAGUGUUGUGAAUAAUGAUUAGUGAAGUGAUUUUUUUGAGGACUGGGUUUGUGUAAUGGGUGCGUAAUGAAAGGGCACGUUCAAUUACUGGUAAUAUUGCUUGCCAUUAGUCAAGCAGUAUGUACUGAGAAGCGGCCUCAAUUCAUUACUGAGCCACCUCCCCGUGUCCUCUGGCCUGCUACCAGAGGAGCCCACGCAGUAUGUCGGGCAUCAGGUCACCCCGCUCCUGAUGUGCACUGGGUCACAUCAGAAGGACAAGUUAUUACCACCAUACCGGGAUUGAGACAUGUCUUGGCUGAUGGUCGAUUGGUGGUGGGUGCACGGAGAUCGAUGGUAGAUGCUGGUGGUGGUGGAAGCAGUACAAUACUUCGAUGUAGAGCUUCUAAUAAACUUGGUGUUACUUUAUCCAGGCCUGUACUUCUUCAACCAGCUGACGACAGUGUGCUCGCGCAUUCGAUCCGACAGCUGACAGCUGCCAAGUUAGGCGGUUCGGUGUUGCUCCGGUGUGAAGUGUCGUCACAACUCAACUUCCCGGAUAUAAGGUGGUUGCAGGAUGGACUGACAUUGGCCACAGGCUAUAUGGGAACAGACACGCGGUGGAUAUCAGGUGCCGGUGGAUUUCUUAUGGGGUCGGAUUUGUCACAAGCUGAUGUCGAAGCAGAGUACACUUGCAUUGCACUGGAUACUCUCAGUAACACUCUAACCCUUGCUUCAGACGAAUCAAAUUGGGCGGAGGUUUUGGAAGUUAACUCUAUAGAGGCCCGCGUCGGAGAAACAGUGAUACUUCCCUGCACUUUACGACACAUUAACCGACAGGCUAUUAGUUGGCAAAGACAGGAUGCUACUGGUGUUUGGGUGACAGCUUCCGGCGAAGGUGUGGUCCAGAACGGAGCUCUAGUGCUGCCAAAUGUGGGCACCCAACACGCUGUCAGAUACGCUUGUGCACCCAGCAGUGAGGGAACACCCAGGCUCAUUGUGAGACUUCUCGUGUACGAACCACUUGCUGUCACAGUUACUCCGAAUCCAAUGAUGCUCGGUACCGGCGGUUCAGGCCAAUUCAAUUGCUCAGUAACGGGAGGGCGGGGUAGUGGGGUGACAAUAAGCUGGCAGCACGAAGGAAGGACACUUCAUUCUUCGCAGCCCAGAUUAGCCGUAGGCCCGGUGCGAGCUCAUCACGCAGGCCUCUACCAGUGCACUGCCUACGACCAUUCUGAUUCUGGCGUGGCUUCAGCUGAACUUGUUAUUGCUGGCCUCCGCGGCUUGUGACCACAUUCAGUGAAGCUGUGACGAGAGUGGGACAGACUAUUGCUCUGCGAUGUGCUGCUACGGGCAUACCACCUCCCAGGAUUCUUUGGACCUUGGACGACCGGCCUUUACCGGCGCUACC